CCAAAAUCACACCAGAACAGAGAGCCUUCUCCCCGGUGAAGUCGGUCCUCACGACAGGAAUAAACUUGUACCCAUUAUAUUUGUGAAUGAAGAUUUUGGAAACAUCAUGCGCCGUUUGGGUAAUGAAGAAACGUUCACAUUCCGACGCUAGGAGGAUAUAAGUGAAUAAACGACAACGGGUGAGCAAAUUUUCAAAGGAAAAUUCAAUGAAAUAAAUCUCAACAAUGUAAAUAAAACGUGUUUAUGCGCUUAAAACCACCAGCGUUUAUGAGGCGAGUUUUCAUCUUUUUUGUAAGUCUUGAGCUGGUGUGAUUUUCCUCCUCCUGAUGUUCAGCUUCCUCUGGGAGGGUCAUGCUGUGCCCAGCUGCCUUUCUCUCACUUUCAUGUUUCUUCUGCACAUCUUGGAUAUGUGUAUGUCAGAGUCCCACCAUGCAGAAUGCCCAGAGAGCUGCUUCUGCUCAGAGAGUGUCGACGGUGGGCUGAUGGUCCGUUGUAGAGACAUGAACUUAAUUGCGGUGCCACGUGGCCUUCCGAACAACACACGACAUCUAUACCUAGACAACAACCUGCUUUUUACCAUACCAUCUGAUUCAUUUAUAGGGCUCCCACUGCUGUUCAAACUAGAUCUUUCCCACAACAGGUUGGUCCAUCUGGAGCCUGGAGCCUUUCGAGACCAAGCGGACUCGUUAAGCAGCCUGGACCUUUCUUUUAACCUGCUGGAGACACUGGACCCCGAGGCGUUUGGCGACCUCAGAGCCCAGACUAACCUCUCUCAUAACCCCUGGCUGUGUGACUGCCGUCUGCAGCUGGCUAUGCCACAGCUGCUCUUAGAUCCCUCCUCCCUUGCUGAGGUGGUGUGCAACACUUCUGAACCUGAGGAGUUGGGAGCUCAUGGUAUGCCCUUCAUCCUGGUAGCGACUGAUCUUGACUUCUGCGCAGCACUCCGGAGGACCACAGACUUUGCUAUGCUAGUAACAAUGUUUGGCUGGUUUACAAUGGUUAUAUCCUAUUUAGUGUACUAUGUAAGGCACAACCAAGAAGAUGCUAUUCGCCAUCUAGAGUAUCUCAAGUCUCUCCCAAACAGGCAGGGCAGAUCUGGGGAGUCACUGACACGUAGCACCUGGUUGUAACGU